UAGAGAUAGUUGACUAGUAGUUGACUAGGAAAAUAUCUGGGGUCAUUUAUUCAAUGUGCAGCGUGACUCGUCCUUCGAUAUGAAACUUCGAAGAAGCUGAUGCUGCCUACACUAAGAGAGAUUCUUGUUAGCUACAGCUUUUUGAGCAUCAACAAAACUGCAUAUCAUUUAUCUCUGGUGCGAUCAGAUAACUGGGCUACAAACAGGAUAGGCAAAUAUGUUUUCAUGCUUUAGAGACAACAUGGAUGAGAAUGAGAAAGCGCUAAUGAGGAAUGGAGGAAUACUAUUAGAAAAGUCGAUUGCCUUUAAUAAUGGCAGAGGUAAUCCUAUCCGUUGCUUCUCCGUUGAAGAGCUCCAAACUGCAACAAAUAGUUACUCCCAAAAUAAUGUUAUUUAUGAAGGAGGAUGGCAUACACAUUAUAAGGGUUUUCUGCGAGAGCGUCCUGUGAUUGUGAAAAGAUACCGUACUAAUAUUCAUGAAAGAGUUUGUCCUAUCAAUGAUAUUGUGUUUGCGUCAGAGAUGAGCAGGCAUAAAAAUGUUCUGAAAUUGCUAGGAUGCUGUUUAGAGUCCGAAAUUCCCAUUCUAGUUUUUGAAUAUGCUGAGAAAGGAAAUCUACAUGAUUACAUCUACAAAACAGAUAGUGCAAGUUUUCGACGUAGGUUGAAGAUUGCUGUUGAUGCAGCUAAUGUGAUUGCUUAUCUCCAUACUGCAUUUCCCAGACCCGUUGUUCAUAGACAUAUUACACUCUCAAAUGUCUGGCUAGACGAAGACUCUGUAGCAAAAGUGACGGAUUUUUCACUAUCCAUGUCAAUUCCUGAAGGUGAAACCCACAUAGAGGAUUUUGUUAUGGGAACCUGCGGGUAUGCUGCUCCUGAGUACGCCCGUUCAGGAAUAUUCAAUGAGAAGAUUGAUGUUUUUAGUUUUGGAGUACUUCUUCUAGUUCUUCUGACCGGCCAAAAACCAUUCCAAGGUAAUUGGGAAAAUAUACUAAAGGAUGCAAGGUUUGAUGAGAUCAUAGGCAGCUUAAUUGUUGAAAAGGUGUCAUGGUCUGAGAAAAAACGACAGGAAACUUUUUUAACCCGCACUCGGCAGAAGCUUGACUUAACCAUAGACCCCAUAAUCGUUGAAGAGGGGCCAUGGCCUGAAAAGGAGCAACAAUUGAAAGCUGUUUUAAUGCUUGGCGUUCAGUGCAUUGACCCGGAUGAAGAGAAUAGACAGAAAUUACUGAUGUGGCAAAACAACUCAGGCAUUUUUAUCUCUCUCUUAUUUCUAAUUGUUAGUGCUUCCCUCUUACAACAACAUUUUUCCCCAUUCCUUCAUCUUUAUCACUUUCUGAUUUGGUUACCAUGUCUAUGUUAGCAAGCUUUUCGAAUUUUCUCUGCUCUUCCUGAAUAAACAAAUCCAGCUUCAUAUUUUUUUCUGAGAAAAUCCAGCUUCCUAUUAUAUGGCCAUUAAUUGUUUUUCUUUUGAAACAAUGGUCAUUAGUUGUUAAUUCAUGAGAUUAUUUGACCGUAAAAGUAUUAAUUGUUAAUUAAUACAAUUUGGUCAUUUCUCACAAACAUAUUUCUUACUUUUGGUCCUUGCAAUUUAUAAUCUAUUUUUUUAAUUAUUAAUUUAAUAAGUAAUUCCUUUCAUUAAUUACCAUAAAUAUUAUCAUAUACAAUUAAUUUUACAUUUUAUAAUUUGAAACUAUAUCUUUUAUGGAAAUUUUAAUAAAAAAUAGUGAUAAAAUUUAAAGAUAUUAUCCAAAAUAACUUUUCCUUAAUUGAUGUGUAAAUUGAAAGUGAAUUAUUUUAUAGGAUGGAAGGAGUAAUUAUUAAUAUUUCAAUAGCAUGUAUGAAAAUUGUUCCUUAUUUCUCUCUUCUUCGUUUUGGAAGCGAUAUUUAGAGAUUGAUGGACUGUCUUCUAUUUUCUUCUUUCUUUGAAGACUUCCCCUUAUGACUUCAGUUUUAGAUAACUCUUCUGAUUACGAUGUUACAUCAGUACUUAAUGGAGUCCCUGUUGCAAAUUAACAAGUCCUGAAGAGAAAUUUAUGGGAAACUUCCUCCUGUUAUCCUGUAGUAUAGACCCUAAAGUAGACGUGCAACCAAGUCAACCCUGCAACAUCAAAGAAACCAAUUUCUUCCAAUUUUUUCUAUACCCCACUAGACGAUUGUGUCCCUGUUUUUGUUUUGCUUUUUUCUUACAGAGGAUUCUUGGGAAUUGAAGAUUUCUUAAUUGGGACAGCAAGUGAACAGUGAACAGUCUAUAGGCAAGAAAGAUGAUCGCAUGCUUCAGAGCCAAGCAAGAUAGGGAAGCAGAAGCAGAGACAGCAUUCGUGAAAAAUGGGAGGAUGCUAGUAGAGGCUUCAAUCUCUUUCAAUAAUGGUGGAGGUAAUCCAAUCCGUUGGUUCUCUGUCAAAGAUCUCAACAAUGCUACUAAAAACUAUGAUCAUAGUCAAGUUUUCUGGGAUGAUGGGUUCUAUAUGUUGUCCACGGGAUCGCCCAAUAAUCUUGAAAAAGUAUGCAGUAAAUCAAAAUUAUAUCAGUGAGAUUGUGUUCACAUCGCAAAUGAGCUCUCCUAUCAGUGAGAUUGUGUUCGCAUCGCAAAUGAGCUCUCCUAUCAGUGAGAUUGUGUUCGCAUCGCAAAUGAGCUCUCCUAUCAGUGAGAUUGUGUUCGCAUCGCAAAUGAACUCUCAUAAAGAUGCUCUAAAACUGCUAGGAUGCUGCUUAGAGACUGAACUUCCAAUUCUAGUUUUUGAAUCUGCUGAAAAUGGAACACUUCAUGAUCGCAUUUAUAAUCCCCAUCUAGCUGGUUUUCAACCUUUAUCAUGGACAAAUAGGCUAAGGAUUGCAAUUGGUGCAGCUACUGCCAUUGCGUAUCUUCACACUGCAUUUCCAAGGCCUAUUAUUCAUAGAGAUAUCAAACCUUGAAAUAUCCUGCUAGAUCAAGAUUAUGUUCCCAAGCUCACUGAUUUUUCUUUGUCCGCACCCAUUCCUGAAGGUGAAUACCAUAUAGAACAUGGAGUACGUACUGAGAAAGUCCCAAAGGAGACACUAGGAUUUCUUGCUGCGGAGUUCUUCUCAAAAAGUACUAUAAAUGAGAAGGUGGAUGUUUAUAGUUUCGGUGUAGUUCUCCUUUCGCUUUUGACUGGAAAGAGGAUGCAACAUCCUCUUCCUUUUGCAACUCCUGAGAAUUAUUUGGUGGACGGUCUGAAGGCAUAUGCGGAGACAAAAAGGUUUAACUAUGAAAUUGUAGUAGACCCCUUUAUUUUACAAGAGGGUCCCUGGCCUGGGAAAGAGCAGCAACUACAAAAGUUUUCUCUGCUUGCCCUUCAGUGCUCCUGUGAUCUUGAAGAAAAUAGGCCAGCAAUUACUGAAGUGGCAAAACAACUAAGGCAAAUCUAUCAGUCUGCAAGUAGUAAUUGUUGAGAUCAAUUCUGUUGUUGGAGUUAAUUUGAUGGGCUUAGAUGCAUGGUAUAAUAUUAUUAAUAAUACAUCUAUGGAAAUUCCUGGUUGUUUAUUUCUCUUCUUUAGUACUGGAGUAUUACUUUUUGUAAUAAUAUCAGAUACAAAAUUAAGCCCGUGUACUACAAUGUAUCACAGGUUCUCGACACAUUGUAGCAUUGAAAAGAUAUUUGAAAAAAGUACAAAAAUAUACUUUGUGGUUA